GCGAGAUAAAUGCGCUUGAGCAACGACCUGACAAGAACAAAGCCAACCAAGUGGAUGCCCCCAAGCGACGUGAUGAGCCACAGCUGUCCAUCGAUGCCAUCAUGGCAGACGUGACCGCUCUUCAGGAGCAGAUACGUGCCAUGGACAGGCACAAGAAGGGGACGACAGGGCCUGCAUCACAUGCACAGAAAGACAGCAGGCAGUGGAAAGGACGACCCGCAUUUUUGGGCAGGUGUCUUUAUUGUCACUUACUUGGACACAGAUGGAGGGAUUGCAGGAGACGGCCACCUGAUUGGGUGCCAGACGGCUGGCGGCCUUACCCAAACCGACCGCAACAGCCACGAGAACCUGCACUGACAGGAACAAACACAGUGCCGCAGAGAUCUCUCCCUGUGUCGAACCUUCCGCAGCUGGGAAACGGAUGAGUCCUCCGUGGCAGGGCGCGCGAGAGGACUCGAAUCGAUCAGUUGACGCCCUGAGCAAGACAACCAUGAAUGAAUGUAAUGCCAUACGUGAAUCUGUGAAUGAUGUGAAUGAGUGUAGUGUCGUGCAUGUACCUGAUGUGUUGUGUAAAGUGCGUGAGCCGUUUGUGAAGGUGUCCAUGUUGAGAGCAACUGCCGAUACGUCACAUAUGCCCGGCCUGUCAGGAUGCAACCAUACAGACAGACACCCAGACAGCCAGACAGACAGACAGCCAGACACACAGAUAGCCAGCAGUCCUGAGCCAGAGGAUCCGAGAGGUGCGUCGGCUGCGCGACAAAUGAGGUCCCCUGGUGCAUCAGCGGAUGGUGUGGGAGGUGCAUCGCGUCUUGUAUCUCCAUCCCGUCAGUUGAGUGGAACUUGUAUCCCUAGUCGAUCAAGCAUCCCUAGUCGUCGGUCUAGCGGACCAGCUGUCACUAGUCG